UACUAAGAUCACCAAUGAGGAGCCGGCGCGCGGGCGGAAGCGGGGCCGGGCCGGGGCGUCGUGCGCAGGCGCAGCGCCUCGGUCCGGCUACAACGGGGGAAGAUGGCGGAGCGUGGCUACAGCUUCUCGCUGACCACCUUCAGUCCUUCUGGGAAGCUUGUUCAGAUUGAGUAUGCCUUGGCCGCUGUAGCUGGAGGAGCCCCUUCCGUUGGAAUCAAAGCUGCCAACGGUGUGGUCCUGGCAACGGAGAAAAAGCAGAAAUCUAUCCUCUACGAUGAAAGAAGUGUCCACAAGGUGGAGCCAAUCACCAAGCACAUCGGCCUGGUCUACAGUGGCAUGGGCCCUGACUACAGAGUGCUGGUUCACCGAGCCCGGAAGCUGGCUCAGCAGUACUACCUGGUGUACCAUGAGCCCAUCCCUACAGCGCAGCUGGUGCAGAGGGUGGCUUCUGUGAUGCAAGAGUAUACACAGUCAGGUGGCGUACGUCCGUUUGGAGUAUCACUGCUCAUUUGUGGUUGGAACGAGGGCCGACCGUACUUAUUCCAAUCUGAUCCGUCUGGCGCUUACUUUGCUUGGAAAGCUACAGCAAUGGGCAAGAAUUAUGUGAAUGGGAAAACUUUCCUCGAGAAAAGAUACAAUGAAGAGCUGGAGCUAGAGGAUGCCAUCCACACGGCCAUCUUAACAUUAAAGGAAAGUUUUGAAGGGCAGAUGACGGAAGACAACAUAGAAGUUGGCAUCUGCAACGAGGCGGGUUUUAGGAGGCUCACCCCCACUGAAGUCAAGGAUUACUUGGCGGCCAUAGCGUGAUAUUCCAAUGACUGAAUCAUCUGAAGUUUCAAUUGAUUUACUGAUCUGAAAUGUUUCCAAAUGUUUUGCUUUUUCUGGUUUUUGCAUACUUAUUUCUACAUAGUUAAAUGGACUGAAGUUUUUAAAAAUGAUGUAAGAAUUAGGUGUAAAUCCUAAUAAACUACUCGAUCCAGCUGGUUGGGAACUUCA